CCUGAUUGGUCGAGCCGGUGGUGGCGGCGGACCAUUGGCUGCCUGACAGGAGAGGAACAGGGAAGAGCUUCUCCAGCGUGGAACGGAAGGAACCAGAGUGUGUUGAGGAGGAGCACACGAGGUGUCAGCGUCCUACACGUGUCCGAUGCUUUGUAAAGAGAAUAACAACUCGUUCAAGUUACUCACACGAACAUCGGCUCACACUCUGACUUCAGCUUGUCUGCGGCCGCUCGUCAUCACAAACCAUCAUGAAGUACAUCCUUGUUACGGGAGGCGUCAUAUCUGGUAUCGGUAAGGGAAUCAUUGCCAGCAGCGUGGGAACAAUCCUCAAGUCCUGCGGCCUUCAUGUGACGGCCAUCAAAAUCGACCCCUACAUCAACAUUGAUGCCGGCACCUUUUCACCAUAUGAACACGGUGAAGUAUUUGUUCUUGACGAUGGUGGGGAGGUGGAUCUGGACUUGGGGAACUAUGAGCGUUUCCUGGAUAUUCGUCUCACCAGAGACAACAACCUCACCACAGGAAAGAUCUACCAGUCGGUAAUCAACAAGGAGAGGAGAGGAGACUACCUCGGCAAGACUGUACAAGUGGUACCCCACAUCACAGACGCCAUCCAGGAGUGGGUAAUGAGGCAGGCCAGGAUCUCAGUAGAUGAUGACGGUGUGGAGCCACAAGUUUGUGUUAUAGAACUGGGAGGCACAGUGGGGGAUAUCGAGAGCAUGCCCUUCAUCGAGGCCUUCAGACAGUUCCAGUUCAAGGUGAAGAGAGAAAACUUCUGCAACAUCCACGUCAGCUUGGUUCCACAGCCCAGCACCACAGGAGAACAAAAAACCAAACCAACCCAGAACAGUGUCCGAGAGCUGAGAGGGCUCGGCCUGUCUCCAGACUUGAUUAUGUGCCGCUGUACAUCACCCCUAGAAACUGCUGUCAAGGAGAAGAUCUCCAUGUUCUGUCAUGUAGAGCCCACACAGGUGGUCUGUGUGCAGGAUGUGUCCUCAGUCUACAGAGUGCCUCUGCUGCUGGAGGAACAGGGUGUCGUGAGCUACUUCUGUCAGCGGCUGAACCUCCCUGUGGAGAUAAUGAGGCCCAGAAAGAUGCUCACGAAGUGGAAGGAGAUGGCCGACAGAUCUGACCGUCUCCUGGAGCAUGUUUCCAUCGCCCUUGUGGGGAAGUAUACAAAGUUAUCUGACUCCUACACUUCAGUUAUCAAGGCCCUUGAGCACUCAGCCCUCGCAAUAAAUCACAAACUGGAGGUCAAGUACAUAGACUCUGCAGACCUGGAGAAUACAACUCUGCAAGAUGAACCGGUGAAAUAUCACGAGGCCUGGCAAAAACUCUGCAGCUCUCAUGGUGUGUUGGUACCAGGAGGAUUUGGUGUGAGAGGGACGGAAGGAAAGAUGCUGGCUAUUCGCUGGGCGAGGAAGCAGAAUAAGCCAUUCCUUGGAGUAUGCUUGGGCAUGCAGCUGGCAGUGUGCGAGUUUGCCCGUAAUGUUCUAGGAUGGGAAGAUGCAAACUCCACAGAAUUCAACCCAGACUCCGAACACCCCGUGGUGAUUGACAUGCCGGAGCACAACCCAGGGCAGAUGGGUGGGACUAUGCGGUUGGGGAAGAGGCGGACGAUUUUCAAAUCCAACACCAGUGUACUGAAAAAACUGUACGGAGAUUUCGAAUAUGUUGAGGAGAGGCACAGACACAGAUUUGAGGUGAAUCCUGAGCUGAAGAACCAUUUUGAAACAAAGGGUUUCAAUUUUGUUGGUCAGGAUGUGGAGGGAGAGAGAAUGGAGGUCAUUGAAUUGGAGGGACACUGUUACUUCGUUGGAGUGCAGUACCAUCCAGAGUUCACCUCCAGACCCAUCAAACCGUCUCCUCCAUACUUUGGUCUCCUGCUGGCUGCUGCAGGAAAACUCCAGAGCUACAUGGCCAAGGGCUGUCGCCUUUCUCCACGGGACACCUACAGCGACCGCAGCGAAAACAGCUCCCCUGAAGUAGAGAUGUCAGAGCUGAGGUUCCCCUCUUUGUAGUUGUAGAGUUGUGUUUCUGUCAUUGAAGCAGAUUAAUACAAAGCUGGAUAAAUAACGUUAUAAACCAAAAUAUGUUUGGUUCAUAGUUUUAGAUCUGAAUCAGCGAUUGUGGACAGGUAAAGGGGGGUUAUGCUGGUAUCUCUGUUGGUGCUUCAAAGUUGCUGUUAUGAGCAAAAACUGAAAUGAAAUGUUUACAGGGAUUAUAGUAAAAACAAAUAUGGACAUUGGAGAGAAAGUAUAAAGACAAUGGGGAAAUGGUGUGAGAAAUAUAUGGAAAAUCAGUUUUAUCUGUAUGUUUGGUCAAACACAUAAGGAAAUGGACAAUGUAUUUUCCAGUUAGGUAAUGAAGACUUAGCAACAGUGACAAAUGGCUACAGUGGGAGUCAGGGUCUGUGCAAUCAGGUUUUUGUUGGAGUUAAAAUACUGAAAGGAAACAGACUUAGCUUUAUGUGAAAUUCAUUGUCGAUAUUUUGCUUGUGUUUUCUGACAAGUGUUUGUAUUUAUGUGUUUGCCUCUUUAUUUAAUGUGUCAAUGAUUUUUUUCCCCCUCUUGCGUAUCAUAGCCCUCAGGGUUACUACACAAUGUGUAUAAACUACGUGUCAUUCUGGUCUGAGAUUAUUUUACGUUUUGUUCUAAAUACUACAACUUUAUAUGCUAUUCCAAACAAAUCUGUUCACAGAACAGGACCACAACGUUGCACUUUUGUGGCUGUGGGAUGAAUGAAUUUCCCUGUUGUAAUGAGGUGAAUUGUUUUAAGUAUGAAUAUCACAAGGGUGCUGGGAUUUCAUUUCUGCAUGCAAGUUGUUGUAGGCAAACUUGUGUUGUUAUUAGUUUUUAUUCCCUGAGUCACUGGCUCUGGUUGCAUGACUUCCUGCUUUUGUUUUUGAACCUUUGAGCUACUGACAUUAACAAAUAUUGUUUUCCGACUCCGCUGCCUUUUACUGUCUCAUGUGACCCUCAGCUUUUUAAAAUGAAAUCUACCGAUCCAGUCAUCCCAGAAUCCAGCCAACUUCAAAUGACCCUUGAGUCAACAGAAUUGGCUUGGCAUAAGAAAAUGGAAAUCUGACCUAAAUUUGAUCUCAAAGCAUCAGUAGCAGCCAAAUGUAGAUGGGAAGCAUCAAGCCCCCAAGUUACAUUUUGCUGAAGAAUCCUCUUAAAUUAUUGCUGUCAUUAUGUGUCGGUGACCCAAAUGUAAGAAAAGAAAAGCAUAUUUUUAUAUUUAUGAGGUUCUGAUGCAUGUGUGAUGGAAAUAUAUGCGUUUAUCCUCAAUAAAUAAAUGUUUUAUUUCUCAU